ACUGGGCGCCGCUGGCUAGCUCCGCCACAGAGAAAGCCUCCAGCCGGGUAGAGAAACAACUCCCAGUCGGAAGUUACGGCUGAAGCCCGGGCAGCCAUAAUUGAUAAUGGCAGGAGGCGUUUCCCGUCACCCGUUUGACAUAGGCUUUUCCUGCAUUUGGUCCCGCGUUACCCCAGGCGACAGCAGAGCCGACUGGAAAGGGAUGCACCUGUAAGUAUCCUUACGGAGGCUGUGCACACACAGUCCACACUGGACGAGUUAAUUCGCGCUCAGGAACUGCAGGUUUGCGUUCCAGACUCUUUACUGAGCCGUCUGAUCGCUUACCUAGAACUACAGUUUAGGGCUUCAAAACUCCCUCGCACCGGAAGUUGCGCUUGGCACUUCCUAGUAGGGUCACGGCCAGGAGGUGGGCGUAGCCGGUCACCGCCCGCGCCCCAGGGGGUGCCUCCUCUCCCAGAGUUGAAGAGUGAGACAUUGUCUCAUGUAGUUCCUUCUGUGGGCGUUUUGAGUCAAGAAGUCAAUCGUUCUGAUAACUACAGAUCGGAUUCCUAAAGCUGCAAGAAAAAAAGAACAAUUUUCAGGAGCAAAAGCACUGCAUCCAGCACUUUACAGAUGGCAGAAGUGAAGUCGAUGUUCCGAGAAGUCCUUCCAAAACAAGGGCAGUUGUCUGUGGAAGAUGUAACCACAAUGGUGCUGUGUAAACCCAAGCUGUUACCCUUAAAAUCUCUGACGCUGGAAAAACUGGAGAAAAUGCAGCAAGCAGCACAGGAUACAGUCCGUCAACAAGAAAUGGCACAAAAGACAACUGGCAAAUAAGCCACUAACAACUACUACUGUAGGGGAUGCCCCAUUUUAACCCCUAACUGUUCAGUAACUAGGAACUAUUCUGCAUCUGUAGGCUAGAAAUACUUAAACUGGACAUUCAACAUUUUAAAACACAAAAUUUGGGUGUUUAAACAUUGGUUUGUGUUGAACCAAGUUUUAUGGAAUUUUGAAAGUUUUUAAAUUACAAAUUUCACUUUAUUUACCAUAACUUGUUAUGAAUGUAAGACAUUAAGUGUAUCUUUUAUGGAUAAAGGAUUUAUUAGAAACAUGAAUCUGAAAAUAAACUCUUAUGUGAGUAUAUUGUUGGGCUUGCACGUUACCCAAAAAUACACAUAAGCAAGUGUGGGCCACAUCAUGCUGACUGCUAUGGAGCCUGACCAGUGAUAGCAGGAAUAACCAACCAGUCUUUAGGAAACCUGCAAUGGGGCUGGAGAAAUGGCUUAGAGGUUAAGAGCACUGACUGCUCUUCCAGAGGUCCUGAGUUCAAAUCCCAGCAAGCACACGGUGGCUCACAACCAUCUGUAAUGAGAUCUGAUGCUCUCUUCUGGUGUGUCUGAAGACAGCUACAGUGUACUUAUAUAUAAUAAAAUCUUUAAAAAAAAAAAAAAAAAGAAAAAAAAUAGGAAACCUUCAGCUAUAGACUACUCAGGGAACUAAGCUCUUAAUUACACUAAUUAUAAGAAAUAGAGAAUUACAUAACUGCUACUCAAGUACCAAAUACAAAAACCUGAAAAUGCUUAUUAUAGCAAAAAACUAAAGUAACAUGAGCCUAAAAGAGCCGUGAAGUUUGACCACUAGAGGGUUUUUUCCUAAAAGAUGGUACCUAACCCUGUAACCAAGAAACUGUUUGGAAAAUACAUGUAAUGAUUUUGCUGCAGCCACCAAACACCUUCAGUUACCACAGAUCUUGAAACCUUGCUAAUAACUAGGCUUUAUAAAAGAUGUUAGUAAUGUGAUCCCUGUAAGGUAACUUAUUUAUUGGUAGUUAUAUAUUGGUAAUUUAGAUAAAUCUAAGCUUUAAGUACUUAGAGAAUGCUUUUUUAAAACAUGUUAACAAUAUAAGGGUAAGAUCUAUCUAUAUAUUAGACAAAUUUCACUCAUUAAACUCUAGUUAUAUAAUAAACAGAAAAAGUGCAUGUGUAUUUCCCUAGGAUAAACCUUAAAAAGCCUUUAACUAUUACAGUUUUUAAAAUUUGUAAUAUAUAUGUCUGUGUGUAUGCCACCUGUGUGUAGGUGCCCAUGGAAGCACCAGAAGACAUCUGAUCCCCUAGACCUUAUUCUUGGCACUCAAGACUCCCAGACAGAAAGACUACCAUGGGUUUGAGGACAGCCCGGACUACCUAAACAAUUAUCAGGCCAGCCAGAGCUAUGGAGCAGGUUCUGUCUCAAGAAACAAUGAAACAUUUUUGUUUGUUUUGCACUGUUAGGAUUGAACACAAGGCCUAGUGAGCUUUAGACAGUAAAACUAAAAGAAGUUUCAAAAGACAAAAUAAAUGCACUCCCACUAAAGAAUCAACAGUUUCACAUGUUUUAUUUUGUUGUACAUUCUUGUAGAACCGGGUUCGUUUUUCCAGUUUUGUAGAAAAAUAGAUGUUCCAGCCACCAUUUACUUACUUAACUGUCUAAUAUUUAAGACCAAUCAAUAUGUUCCCUGGAAAGAUGAAAAAGUCUCAUGACUAACUCGUUUUUUUAAAAAUUCUUUAAAACAAAAA